AUGACGAUAUUUGGAUUUUUAUGGAAUUUAUUUUUCGGAAUCAUAGGACCUGGAAUCACGUUAAUCUCUCCGAAACUUUAUCUCCAUGCCGAGUUAUUCGAAAAUUGGACUUAUAGCGAACCAUUUCACAUACCUUGCGGCGAAGCUAUCAAUAUAAAAACAUCACGAUUUUUAAAUUUAACGUCACAAACCAACGGUGGCGCUAUUGAAUUUUCAUGUAAUAGUUUAAUCAUUCAAGUUCAUAAUUCAAUCUUUUCUCGUUGCCAUACAGCCUUAAAUGGUGGCUGCAUUUUAAUUGCUACAUGCAAAUCUUCCGCAAUUGUUGGAUCUUGCUUUUCAUUUUCAUCAGCAUGCGGAAAAUUUCAAGUAAUGGAAUGCAGUGUAGCAUCGAAAUUCGCAUUUAAUACAUCAGCCAUAUAUUCUAACGGUUUUUCAAAUACGCCUUCGUCAAAAGUUGCUGAAUCAACUGUCUCAGAUAUGAUGACUGCUACAGGCGGUGUACAGAGGAUUUCAUUGAUAAAUUCAACGCACAAUAGAGUCAAAGGUGGCACAGCAGGACUCUCCUUUAAUAAACCAGAGCAAGGAUACUAUAAAUUCAUAAAUCUUCUUUACAACGCAGGCGGAUAUGCCCUUGAAAGAAACGGUAAGUCAACGAUAGAUGAUUCAUUACAAUUUAUGAAUUGCUUCCAUCACUACUCACGAAUUGGAACUUUAUACAUGAAUAUUUUUUCCAAAUACAUCUACUUGAAUUUCUUUAAUUGCACAUACAACCCAUUUAUAGUUACAGUUGAAAAUUCUGUUACAAUGUUCGAGUAUUGCACUUUCGAUGUUGUUAAUACUGAUUUACGAGUUGUUGCUACAAAUGGACAGCGUUCAAGCCGUUUCUUCCAAAUGAAACACUGUGACUACAAUGUAAACAGAUUUACUCAUUUACCAUUUAGUACUAAUACAACAAUCGAUUGUUUUCCAGGAAUUUAUGAAAUUCGUUUAGGAAUUCCUCGAAAGAUUUUGUUCUAUAUACAAGAUAAACCACAUUACAUAGGUGCCGCGCUUAUUGUAGUCUUCGCAAUUGUUGUUUUCAUUGGGGUUUACCGCUCCAAAAAAUUCAUACCAUCUACACCUGUCGCAUUUAUCGAACAAAAGUAA